AUGUCUGAGCUGAGAUACGAUCCUGAGUGGUACGAGCUCGCGAGAUCGGUCUUGGAGAGUGCGCAGAUGCGAGAAUGUCUUCCACUCCACGACGUUGAGGGCCGGAGAAAGAAGAUCGAGGCCAGGGUCAGAGCCAACCCCUUCACGCUGCCCGAAGAUAUUGAGCAGACCAUCCGAUAUGCCCGCAGCCAGGACGGCCACGAGGUUCCAAUCUACCAUUACCGCAAGAAAGAACCCACAGGCUCACGCUCCUUUCCCGGCCCGGCCGUUGUGCACAUUCACGGCGGCGGAUACAACACUGUGAGCGCUGCAGAUGUCAUGCCAGACCUGGUACCCUAUGUCACGGCAGGGGCCGAGAUUUUGUCCAUCGACUACCGCCUGGCUCCAGAGAACCCGUUCCCCACACCCCUCGAGGACUGCUGGGCGGCACUUGCAUGGAUCCGGUCCAGCGCGGCCGAGCUGGGCAUCGACCCGAAACGCAUCGCCCUGUUUGGCGAGAGCGCCGGCGGGGGGCUCGCCGCGGCCCUCGCGAUGGUGGCGCGGGACCGGGGCUUCUCGCCGCCCCUUUCCAAGCAGAUCUUGAUCUACCCGAUGAUAGACGACCGGACGGAGACGGACCACACCGGAGGGCGCGACGUCUUCAACAUGGUCGACAGGGUGACGAGCUGGGCGGCGUAUCUCGGGGAGCUGCACAGAUCUGGAAGGGUGCCGCCGUACGCAGCUGCGGCUCGGAUCAGUGACGAGCAUGUUCAAGGCCUCCCGCGUAUGUAUAUCGACGUGGCACAGCUGGACAACCUCCUCUAUGAGGUGCUCGAAUACGUACAAAAAUUUGUCAAGGCCGGUGUCCCCGUUGAAUUCCAUUUAUACGAGGGCGUACCGCACGCGUUUCAUAUUUUUGCGCCGACCUCCAAAAUUGCCCGUCGUGCGUUCGAGAACAGAUUGAAUGCAAUAUUAGAUAUUUAG